AUGGGGGUGACUUUUCACUUGAGCACCCUGUUGCAACGGCAGCACUCGGCACGCUCAGGGGAUUUUGUUAACUCCAUCCGGUUUUUCAGUAUCAAACUGCACAUUGUUGAAACCGAGGAGACCUUUCCUGUGCCUGAAUGUCACCGUGACUUGAUGAUGGGCAGUCUGAAGUCCCGACUGGAGCUGCUGGUUGGGAUCCCUGUGAAUUUCCAGCGCCUUCAGUAUCUGGAUGAAGCGGAUCUCUCUGACCAUUCUACAUUUAAGGAGAAUUAUAUUGUCAGUGGUUCAACCAUCACCAUGCGAAUCUGGUCACAAGAUGCCUGGGGGCGCCUCGUGAGGGCAGCUGUAAAAGGAAAUACCACCAAGCUGCAUGGUUUAGGAGCAACAAAGACCUCCUUGUUUUGCACGGCACAUUCAGACCUGCUGAAUCCGGAAGAAAGGGUAGCGUGGUUAGCGCACCGAAGUUUUGUGGCCUUAUUCGUGACUGCGCGGAGGGGCCUCCUGAAUGCGAUGGAAUUUCUGCUUCAAAACGGUGCUGAUCCAAGAUACCGAACGCCGCUGGGCAGAACAGCCCUCCAUGCCGCCGCUGCAGCGGGCCAGCUUGCCUGCAUAGAAGUUCUUCUCAACUAUGGGGCCCAAGUCUCCGAUGAGGACCGUGCUGGAAUUAAUGCUAUGACCAUGGCCCGUAUAUGGGGCAACAAAGAAAGUGAGCGCAGGCUGUUCCAGUGCCAGUGGCGGAUGCGCAUGGCUAACAGCCGGGCCUCUCCAACUCAGCUAACGUCCUUCAGGCUCCACUGUGCUGCGUCCUUGCGUCGUCGCGUCAUCACAGCUCCGCCUCCAACCGUCGUCACCAUGUCCUCAGCUCGUCUCUGCUGUCGCCAUUACUCCGCCGCCGCCGUUUCUGCCGCCGCCGCACUCCUCGCACACCCCGUCAGGAGGGGUCUUUUUGGGCCGGAGCCCUCCGGAGCGCUGCUCUGCCAGUGCGCGUGGUGGCAAGCCCCGCCCCCGGGUCCCACGAUCCCCGCCCCUGGGUUUCCUGAGCCGCGUGGGACCGCUGCGACUCAGGCAAGGCCCAGAGAGCCUUGCCCCAGGGUUCCCCGAGCUGCGCGGGAGCGCUGCGACUCGGGCGAGGCCCGGACAGCCUUGCCCCGGCCCUCCCGAGCCGUGCGGGAGCACUGCGGCUCGUGCGAGGCCCGGAGAGCUUCGCCCCGGGUCCCUGUCGCCGCGUCCCCCGGCCCACCAGGAGCGCUGCAGCUUGGGGGACGCCUGGAGAGCCCCAACGCUGGCUUCCCCGACCCCCCGCCGAAGUGGUAA